UGGAGAGGGAGGGGGUCUACUGGUAAAGAUAAACAGCCCAGGAGCCUCUGAGCUAGAGGAACAUGGCGGCUCCGGCCCUGGACGCCACUGCCGCUCCGUCCCGCUGACCGACACCGAGCGACACAUCCCGCACUCGCACGCACCCCAUGGCCGCUCAACUCUCAGAGAGGACUGAAUGAUGAUGAAUGUUUACCUGGGAUGCUUUGCAUAUGAGGUGCUGAUUUUUGCUGAAGAUGAGUAGUGGGGGGGGGAACACCCCGGAGCCCCCCACAGGGGGAGAGUCUCUGAAGAGGAAGGACUGUCAGUCAGACCUCGUGGGGCCCAGCCCUAAGAGGAGCACUGAGAGGAGGAACCGGGAGCAGGAGAACAAGUACAUCGAGGAGCUGGCCGAGCUGAUCUUCGCCAACAUCAACGACAUGGACGACCUCAACGUCAAGCCGGACAAAUGUGCUAUUCUCAAAGAGACGGUGAAGCAGAUCAGGCAGAUCAAGGAGCAGGAAAAAGCUCCAGAGGCCGAUGCUGAGGAGGUGCAGAAGGCCGACGUCUCCUCCACAGGACAGGGGGUCAUUGAUAAAGACGCCCUCGGGCCAAUGAUGCUGGAGGCUCUGGACGGCUUCUUCUUCGUGGUCAACAUGGAGGGAAACAUAGUGUUUGUCUCGGAGAACGUCAACCAGUAUUUGCACUACCAGCAGGAGGAGCUGAUGAACACCAGCGUCUACAGCGUGCUGCAUGUCGGAGAUCACGCCGAGUUUGUGAAGAACCUCCUGCCGAAGAGCCUGGUCAAUAACCGCAGCAGUGAUUCGUCUAACAGGAACAGUCACACGUUCAACUGCCGUAUGUUGGUCAACCCUCACGCCGACGGUGAAGCCCGGCCGGCGUCCGACCAGCAGGACGCGUCGCCGCAGAAGUACGAGACCAUGCAGUGUUUCGCCGUGUCUGAACCCAAGUCGAUCAAGGAAGAGGGGGAAGAUUUCCAAUCGUGUCUCAUCUGUGUGGCGAGAAGAGUCCCCGUCAAAGAGAGACCUGCGAUGCCCACGUACGAGAGCUUCACCACGCGGCAGGACCUUCAAGGUAAGAUCACAUCCCUGGACACCAGUCUGCUCCGUGCCUCCAUGAAGCCGGGCUGGGAGGAUCUGGUCCGGCGUUGCAUCCAGAGGUUCCACCUGCAGAACGACGGCGAGAUGUCCUUUGCUAAGAAACACCAGCAAGAUGUGUUGAGGAACGGCCAUGCGCUCAGCCCUCUGUACAGAUUCUCGCUGGCUGACGGCACCAUCGUCUCCGCUCACACUAAGAGCAAGCUGGCCCGAUCUCAAGCCACCAACGAGCCUCAGCUCUACAUGUCCUUGCACAUCCUGCAGAGGGAGAACAUGGGUGGAAUGGCUACAGACAUACCUGGCGGCCAGGCCAUAGCCAAGCCAAUGACCCCAACCAGUGUGGGCGGUCCCUCCCCGUCCCCUGAUGCCAGUGUCACCAGCAACACGCACCACUUCCCCUCGGACUCCGGUGCCCCUGGACGUGGUUUUGGGGCUGUAUCGGGUCGGGCGCCCACGCCUCAGGGAAGCAGCCCAGCACUGAAGCUGGGAAGCCCUUCAGCCCAGGGAAGCCCCGGCGUAACCUCAGGGGCCCAGGGUGUCAUGUUGUCUCCUCGUCAUCGCCAGAGCCCCAGCAUGGCGGCGAGUAGCAGCUGUAGUAGCCCUCUCCUUCAACACCCCCCUGGUUCUUUCUCUCCUGCAGCCGGACUCCACUCCCCAGCAUCCGUCUGCAGCAGCACAGGAAAUAGCCAAGGGUUCAACUCCCUUAGUGCACUGCAGGCCCUCAGCCAGGGCCGCAGGGUUUCCCAGGGACUCAUCGAGGGGCAGCAUCCAGAGUCACCUGACAGAAAGCCAAUUGGCCUGCAGAGCCCUCUUCACAACAGCAGCACUGGUAGCCAACAAGCCAAGAACAAUCCCAGCUUGGAGGCCGAUUUAUUGGGUACUUUUGGGGAGCAGCAAGACUUGUUGUCAUCCCCGAACCAGGAGAAAGAUGGCGACCCAGACGGCUUCGAAGGUAAUGAAAGUUUAGGCGAGGUUGGCGACGGCCCAAAUCGCCUUCUGAACACAAAAGGGCACACUAAGCUGCUCCAGCUCCUCACCACAAAAUUAGAGCCCUCUGAUCCAUGCUCGUCACCCCCCCUCGCCACCUCCACCUCGCUAAAGGACAAACACAAAAUCCUCCACCGGUUGCUGCAGAACAGCACCUCCCCGGUGGAGCUGGCCAAGCUGACUGCUGAGGCUACCGGAAAAGACCCCAUUGGUCCAGAGUCGGCUUCAGCGGACAACAUGGCCGCCCUAGGAGAACUCUGCCCAAAACAGGAGCCGGGGAGCCCCAAAAAGAAGGACAAUGCGUUGCUGCGCUAUCUGUUGGAUCGGGAUGAUAACGGCAUCCUGGAUAAAGCCAUCAAGAUGGAACCCAGUGACGAACCCCAGCUGUCCAACGUUAAGACGGAGAAACAGGAAGCGGGCUUCAACAUGGCGGAGCAGACCAGUGAGCUGGAGGACCUGCUAGAAGACCUGCAGAGCGGCGGCCAGCAGCAGCAGCAGCAGCUGUUCGCGGGACAGCCACCACCAAUCAGAAGACAAGUCUCUUCUUCGUCCUCCUCUUCCUCGUUGCCGCCUGGUUCCACUGUGGACAAACAGAGCAUCAUCAGCGACAUCCUGCAGAUGACAGACAGCAGCAGCCCCAACCAGCACAGAGCCUUCCCUCCCAUCAGCCCUGCAACAGACUUUAAUGGUGCCAGGCCGGGCCAACCGGGUCGAUGUGCUCCUCCAGUCAGGAGCACGUCUCUGGACAGCAGUAUGGGCCCCAACCCCAACACUGGCAGGCCGUACCCUCCACAGCACAGGAACACCGGUCCCUACUCCUUACUGCAGCAGCAACAGCAGCAAGGCAUGAUGGGAGCUCACGCAGGCCUGACCAACCAGGCUGCGAUGGCCAAUUCAGGCAUGCUGAGUAACGGGUCAAUGCGGGGACCCAUGCAGCAGGGCUGGGGUACUGCAGGGCCGAUGAUGGGCCAAGGGGUUGUACAAAGUCGGAUGGUCCCCAACCAUGCUGCACUGCCCGCAAGAGGCCAGCCUGGAUCCAGAGCCAUGGUCAACAUGCAGAUGAUGGGCGGCGAGAUGGAGAUGGCAGCCCCCGCCUACCCUCAGCAACAAGCUCCGCCCAAUCAGACUGUGCCGUGGCCAAACCGAAUGAUCGCUAUGGAUCACUAUGGAAACCAAAGCAGGCCACCGUACAGCGUCCCCCAGGAGGACGGGAUGCGGUGCUGCGGCACCGGGCCCGAGGGCCCGCCGGAUGAGAGGGCGCUGCUGAAUCAGCUCUGCUCCGUGUUGAAGGACUACGAAGGUCUGGAGGAGAUCGACAAGAUGCUGGGAAUCCCGACACUGGCUGGACAGGGUCACAUGUCAGAACAGGGCCAGUACCUCGGCUCCUCCGACCCAGCGGCCAACAUGAAGCCUCUCCUGUACAGUCAACACUACGGCGACCCGCCAAGUUAUGGCGGCAUGCCUCCUGACGGUGGGUUCCACGGCCCCUCUAUGAGCGGCCACAUGGGGCCACAGAGGAUGCUGCCCGCCGGUUACCCCCCGAUGAUGAGGAUGCCUGGGAGCGUGGGGCCCAGAGCGGUCGGGAUGAGGCCAGGGGGGCCCAACCCAGGAGUGCCUCAGCCCAACAAUCUGAGGCUGCAGCUGCAGCACCGACUCCAGGCCCAGCUGAACCGUCAGCCAAUGGUGAACCAGAUGGGUGGAGUGUCCAAUAUGAAUCUACCUCUAAGGUCUAAUGUACCAAACCAGGGAACCCUCAACGCCCAGAUGCUGGCCCAGCGUCAGCGCGAGUACCUCAGCAACCACCUACGCCAACGCCAACAGCAGCAGCAGCAGCAGCAGCAGCAGCAGCAACAACACGUGCACCAGCAGCGUGCCAUGAUGAUGCGGACUCAGGGCAUCAACAUGCCGCCUAACAUGCCCAGCGGGGGCGCAGCUCCAACGCCGAUGCCCACAGGUGGCACCAACCCACGGCUCCCGCAAGGCAACCCGCAGCAGUUCCCCUACCCGGCCUCCAGCUACGGUACCGGCCUGCCCUCUGCGCCUCCACCUCCUCCUCCUCAUCCCGGCUCCUCCAGCCCCUUCUCCUCCCCUCUCUCCCCCAGCCAUCAUCUGGCUAGCCAGAGCAUGAUGGGAAAUGUAGGCGGACAGUACAGCGGGGUAAUGAGUCCUCCGUCACAGCACAGUGCCUACCAGUUCAGCAGUUCAGGAUUGAGUCUGCAGCAGCAGCAGCAGCAGCAGCAGCAGCAGCAACAGCAGCAACCGCAGCAACAGCAGCAGCAGCAGCAGCAGCAGCAACGCCAGGAUCCCGUGUCAGGUUUUCCAUGCGGGGCUACGACCCCUCAGAGCCCCCUGCUGUCCCCCAGGAUGGGGCAGGGUCAAAGUCCCAUGCUGCAGCAGAACCAGGGCCAGCCCCAACCCCAGGGUCCAAACCAGAGAGUCCCAGGAUACCAGCAGAGCAGCGGAUGGCCCCAACCGGCCAACAUGUCCACCAGCAACAGUUGGCCUCCUUCCAGCGUGUACCCCCAACAGUCACAGUCACAGUACUCCACUCAACCCGGCGGAGGAAUGUACAACAGCACCAACAUGAACCUGGGAGUCAUGGCCAGCAAUGGAGGCAACAUGAGCCAGAUGUCUGGACAGAUGAGCUCCAUGAAUACAGAGCAGGUGGAGGACGGCAGCCUGAUCUUGGAGCAGCUGGCGGGAAUGGACAUGUUGACUCAAGAGGGUGAAGCCAAUUCUAAUUUCUGCUGACCCCGGUUGAGGUGGAGACAAGGUAACACAGGUGAAAAACACUGACUCCUGCUCAGCUCAGCUCAUUGAAAGCAUCAGAGGUUGAGGAUGGAGGCUCUGCUCGCUCGGUCACACCGACCACCUCCGAGGCAACACGGGGAGAAGACGAUGCUGUGCACGAGCGACGGCAUCCGUGUGACGCUCAACAGUUUGACACGAGAGAAGUGAGAGAGGUUAAUGAACCCUCCUGGAUUUUAUCUUUUAUGGUUCUAUUUUAGAGCCUGACUGAAAAACGUCGAAUGAGAAGGUUUAUGGAAAAAAUAUUUUACAGGUAUUUAUAGUUUUGAAGAAGUUUAGAUUAUUUGUAUGACGCAAAAAAAAAAAAAAAUCUUUCUCUAACAGAAUCUCUCAAAAUGGUACAUUUUGAUGUCGAUUUUAAAUUUUAAUAUAUUUCAACUGCUGUAGUUACAGGGGAGCUGUAUCCCUAUUUAAUGACUUUUUGAAUGAAGGUGAAUGUGUAUAGAUAGUGUACAUACUUAGAUUUUAAAACCCCUUUUCUUCUAUGUGGUGUUGCAAAACAGCAGUUUGGAGUUUUAGUCCAAACAUCAGAGCAGAAAUGUUUACUUGGUUAAAGAAGAUCUCAGUGGACGAAUCAAAGAACCACAAAGUGAAUUACUCAAAUUGUUCUUAUUUGUCCCAUACUGUUGUGAACAUUGUGAAACAUUAGCUGGGCAGCAUGCUAGGCUUUCCUAGCUUUCAGCUAGCUUAUGCUAGUUUGAAGCUAACUAGCUAGCCUAGCUAACCUAGCAUCAGUAAUGUAGCUUGACGCAUUCCAGCUAAGUAGCUAAAUGCUUUUUAAAUUUGGUAAUUCCCUCCAUUAAAUGUGAUAUCUUUGAUUCCCCUGACGUCCAAAACUUUAUUUUGUCCAACACUUUUAAUUUCCACAUUUCCAUCAUCAGCGACGUUCAGUUUCUUACUAAUGAUCUGUGGCUCCGCCCACUGAGAUUUAACCAAUGAAAUGAUUUUUGCCUCUAAAAGAAAUCUGUGUACUAAUGAAACUCUGCUCCUGGGAUUCUUUUUAAAAAGACACUUCCUGGUUGCGAUGAACUGGCCCGCAGGAGUUCACAGACAUUUAGCUGAAGCUCUCGGUCGCGCUGAAGGACAAUUCAAAAGUGUUGUUCUGGGUCUCAGAAGGACGUUAAAGGCAGAACGAGUAGUGUGUGGCUGCGUCUGUGUGUGCAGAGACCCUGCAGCUCUUUGUAUUUUCCUAUGUAACUGUGUUCGGGACGUUUCUGGGCGUCAACCUAUAGAAACGUAGCGACCAGGUGUCAGAGCGUAAGCAAGCAUCCCUACAAAAAUGGCCGACACAGUGGCGGAAAAAAGCAAAUACGUACAAGCGUACAAAAGUCAUUCCACAAGGGGUGAAUCUGCGGUUUGAGGAGGGGUGAACUCUGAACUUUGACCUUGCUUUUACUCAUUCUGCCUUUACGUUUUGCACCAAGGAUAAAGUCUGACCUCGGCCCAAUAAACAGCCGAAUUAAAGUUUUCUACUCGACAAAGACGAUCAGGUGACCCAGAACCUUUUACCAUCCAAAGUUUUGCAGACUGGACUAUUUGGGAAUAGUUACAUCAAAUGAAUUUGAAAGGUGCUCUCUCGGUUUAUAAGGUGCUGUCUCAUGUAAGCUUGUAAUUAAGAACAAAACUGACUCUAACUGGCAACUUCAGAUGGUCCACGAGUAUAUACUGUAACAUGAGAGGAAGUGAAAUGCAAACGGACUGCAAAACACUGAAAUCAAUUAUAAAUGUUUUGUUUUUGUUUUUUUCCAUCUUUUCUCAGUAAAUUAUAAUCCAGCGUGCAUAUUGUAAAAUCCCAAAGGUUUUACGAGAAAUCCUCGAAGAGUAAACGUAAGCCAUGGAAAUGUCCUGAAUGUGAAACUCAAUCAAGAGCGGAACUCAUGUACAGUAACUCCUAAUGUUUUAGAUGAAAGUGAAUUAUUUUAUCUUGAUUUUGACUGAUACAGUACACACACACACACACACACACACACACGCGUAUAUAUUAAAGAUUUGUAGAUGAAUAUUUUAUCAAUUGCAAAAUACUGUAAUUCAUGUGAGUACCUUAAGAUGCUAAAGACGAAGCAUAAUGCCUUAGAUCUGUGAUAAUGUGUCGGGUGUGUAACUGUAAGGUUUACUGGAGAUUUAAAUGUGUCACAAACUGCUGAGUGAUGUUUCACCACUUCAUACUUUAGGUGGAAUAAUGAGACAGCCAGGGAUUUUAUAUUCUCUCCCCAAGAACAACCUGUUUUAACCUUCGUAUCGACUCAUGGGAAUGACAUCAAUAAUGCGUUGGCAGUACGAUGUAGUGGAACUGUAAUGCAUCGGGAGCGUCUCCCUCACUAACACUGUUUUCUUUCUCUUAAGGGGCAUUAAGUAAUCGUUGACCUUUGCUGCAACAUCAGCUUAUCUUUAAAUGGCUUUGGAACACUUUGAGCUACGGUGGCCUGUGAGAGACAUUAAUAACAUAGUGACAGACUGUACUACUAAUACUAUUAAGCACCUAUUUGUGAUAUGAAAUGCUUACAAAGUUCAAUAUCGGACAAGAAUUGGAAAUACAAAAUCAAUGUGGAGAAGCAUUUCAUUGAAUGUUUCACCAAAAUAUUUCUUGGUUUUAAUUUAAGGAAGAGAAGCUAAAGGUUUAAGUUUGUCAAUAUGGUUUUACUCUCAUUUAAAGCUUCUUUGAGUAGAAUUUAUGUUAUGUGAUAAUAGCAGCUUUAAAAUACUCUUAUGGCACUAGUUAAAAAUAAAUAGAAAAUGCAACAAUAUAUUUAAAAAGAAUGACGCCGUCAAAGCAUUUGAGCUCAUUUCUCUGUCCCUGGGUCGGGGUGUGUGUCGUGCUUUUACCACCAGAUGGCGCUAACUUGUCACAUGUACAUGAAAUGUUUCACUGUAAUCAAACUGGGAAGGAAGUUAUUGUUUGUGCAGGUCAGAAGGUUUAGAGUACAAUGACUGUAAAAUGUUACUCCUGAGUUUCUUUGUGAUCAGCUGACGAGUGUUUCCAGGACACGGGUACAUUACGGCGAUCUGUCGGAGGUCAACACAUUGUUCAUUACUAAAUAUCUCAGCGGUAACAAAGUCCAGUACAAACACAUUAUUCAGAGUGUGAGUGUUUUAUUAUGCAAAAGUCCAGACGUUCACACCACUUUAUGCAAGCUGUCGACUCUAAUGUUGCUUUUGCCAAUGCUGCUCGUUAAUUUAUGAUUCAUGCCACUGUAAAUAAAUUAUUUUUAUUGAG